UCAAGUCCAAAAAUGUAUUUAUUGUAAUUAGAUUUUCAAGUGUUGUUGUUGUUAUUUUAAUCACAAGUAUUUAGAGGUUAUUUUUACAAACAAAAAUACAACAUGUUGAAUCUCACAUGGACACGAUCAAAAUUUCUCUACCAAAUAACAAAAUCAUCAACAAGAUUAUUAUCAAAAGAUGCAAAAAUUAAAAUAAAUUUAAUGCGAGAAUACAAACAAACAUAUGGUACACUUUUAGAGACUAAAAAAGAAAAAAUUAGAAAUUUAAAAAAACUUGAAAAAGAAGGAAAUACAUUAGCUGUUAAUAAUUGUCAAAAUGAUGACAGUGAAUUGUCUUGGAUGUUAGCACACUCAAAUGUCAAAAGUUUAAAGAAAUUUAAAAAAAAAAAUGACACUAAUAAUGUUAAGAAAUUAGUUGAUAAAUCAUCAUCUAAAUUAAAAGAUGAAAAUGUCAACAAUAGUAACAUAAAAAAUACAACAAUUGUCAAAGAAAAUAAUGACAAUUUAUUGGUAAAUAAUAAAGGAGAGUUCAUCAACAAACUAGGAAUUUCAAUAAAUGACAUAUUAAAUUUUCCAAUAAGUAGUAGUUCAAAAGAUGACAGUGACAAUUGGAAUAGUAAUGAAAUUCUUAAAUUAACACCACAAAAUUCAAGUGAUUAUUCACUUCCUGGUGUAACUAGAGUAUUAAAUGAAACUUUGUCUGAUCAGGCCAAAUUAAUGUUAGCAAGAUGGAAAGAAAAAAUGAUAAAAGAACUAGGUGAAGAUGGUUUUAAUCGUUAUCAUCAAGCACAAUUGGAUGACAGUAAAUUAAUGCAUUCAUUAAUUGAAAAUACAUUGAGAAAGAAGCCAGUUGAUGUACCAAGUCAUAUUAAACCCAGUUAUGACAGUGUUAAUUUAGUAUUAAAAAAUAUUGACAAUGUAAGAUGUAUUGAAUCACAAGUGGUCCAUCAAGGUCUAGGCUAUCGUGGCUUUGCUGACUGUGUUGCCUUUUACAGGGGAAAUCUAUGCCUGAUUGAUUGGAAAAAAUCAGAAAAAGCCAAGACUUUAAGCUCAUCUUACGAUUCACCCCUGCAAAUCAGUGCCUACAUUGGAGCUCUCAAUUCGGAUUCAAAUUAUCCAUUUCAGGUAAAAAAGGGUGUUUUGGCAUUUGCUUAUACCAAGGGUAAUCCACCCUCUGUUUUUGAAUUUGAUUCAACAAAAUUAGAAUACUACUGGAAAGAGUGGCUCAAGCGUCUUGCAAAAUAUCACAUGAUGCAUUCAAAAAAUUAAUUAAUUGAUGAGAUAAUAAAGCAAUUUUUUAAAUAUAAAA